CACUUCCCACGUUUUAUCAUGCUCACUCUUUCUCUUCAGCUAAGUGCAUUCCCUUUGCUUGCCAGCCGCUCUAGUUUUCUUUCUUUCAAGGUGAUGAGGGAAGUAUGAAGAGGGUUUCUUUAUUUUUUUUCCUAUCUCUUUUCAAAGGAAAAAAAAUGAUGUAAUGUUGUAGAAAUCAAACGGUGAUGAGGAUGGAGUAUUUCUCUGAAAUGUCGAAGUGGGUUUUUGUUUGUUGCCGUCCUUUUUUUGAGUUUUGCAUAUUUUGUCUCGUAAUAGGGAGGUAACUUCUUUAUUUUUAACAUUUUACAUUGUCUUAUUUCAUAGUUUUUAUGGGUUUUAUUUUUUAGUGAAAUAAACAUUGAGAAAAAGAAAAGGAAAAAGAUCAGCGUGGGGACUUGAGACUUUUAGGUGGGGCUUGACUGGUUAAGUUUAUAAAGAAUUUUAUGGUUGGACAGAACAACGUUUAGAAACGGGAAAACUCAAACGAUAAUAUAAUAGUAAUAUUUAUUUUGAAUUUGUUUUAAGUAUAUUCUCCUAUGGUCGAGUAGAUCCAAAUGGCGAUUCUUCAUCUUUGUUUUAUCCCUAGACAGUUGUAAUCCUCAAAAAGUAGCAUGGGAUUAGGUGAUGAAGUUUGGGUUUUGUUUUUCUGUAGCUAAGAGUUUGUUUGUUUGUUGCUAAAACAAGUUUUUCUUAGAAACUUACAGUACCUUUUUUCUUUUCUUUUCUUUUUUCUUUUUUUGUAUCCAUCUGGCGUUUGAUGGUAAUUGGGUUUGGCUUCUGCUGAGGUUACACCUUGAUAGCCUAAAGGUUGGUUCUUGGUUGUCUAAGCUACAGAUAUGUUGUUUUUCUUCGGGUGAUUCCAGAAAAUUUCCAGCAGUAAUGAUCCAAUCUUGCAGAUCUCGUCAUUUCGGGAGAGCAAAUCUGAUGACAGACGGUUUUACAUUUUCACUGCAACAAAGACCCUUCAUUUGAGAACCGAUUCUAAGAAAGAUCGGGUCGCUUGGAUACAAGCUUUGGUAUCAACCAGGAGCCUCUUUCCACUGCGACCGCUAAAUGAUAAUCUCUCUCUUGUCCCCCGUGAUUUGUCUAUAUCAACUGAUAGGCUCAAGAAACGGUUGCUUGAGGAGGGAAUCAGUGAUAACCUUGUGAAGGACUGUGAGCAGAUUAUGCUUUCAGAGUUCUCGGAGAUACAAGGACAACUUAAAGUACUUUGUGAAGAAAGAUCUAUUUUGCUUGACACAUUAAGGCAAUUGGAGGCAGCUAAUAUUGAAGCUGAAAGCUCUGGAAUUCAUGAUGGAGACUACCAGUUGUCAAAGCAUGAAUAUUCUGGUAUAGGGCGUGGAAAAUACAGUGAAGGCAGCACAACAGAAUCAUCCGGUGAUAUUGAGAAACAAGAGCUUGAGGAUGUGUCUGAUGAAGAUGAAACCUCCUUCCAUGACACAAAAGAGCAUUUUACUGAACCCGCUGUUAUUUGUGGGUCUGUAAGAGGGGCGGCUGAUCAUGCAGAUAAUCAGAAAGAAAAUGAAAAUCAAUUAGAUGAUGUGGAAAGGAUGCAUGGUGAUAAAGAAGAUUGUUAUUCCAGAUAUGCUCAAAUUGAAAGGAGAAAAAAGCUUCCAGAUCCAGUUGAAAAAGAGAAAGGGGUUAGCCUUUGGUCUAUGAUCAAAGACAAUGUGGGAAAGGAUCUUACACGAGUUUGUCUCCCUGUUUACUUUAAUGAACCAAUAUCAUCCCUUCAGAAAUGUUUUGAGGACCUAGAAUAUUCUUAUCUUUUAGACCGAGCAUACAAGUAUGGAAAAGAAGGGAACAGUCUCCAGCGGAUUCUUAAUGUUGCAGCAUUUGCUGUUUCUGGGUAUGCUUCCUCUGAAGGUCGACACUGUAAGCCUUUCAAUCCUUUACUAGGAGAAACUUAUGAAGCAGACUUUCCUGACAAAGGAGUUCGUUUCUUCUCUGAGAAGGUUAGUCACCACCCAACCCUUAUUGCAUGUCAUUGUGAAGGUAAUGGUUGGAAAUUCUGGGGUGACAGUAACCUUCGCACAAAGUUUUGGGGGCGGUCGAUUCAGCUUGAUCCUGUUGGAGUUUUGACACUAGAGUUCGAUGAUGGUGAAAUAUUUCAGUGGAGCAAGGUAACAACUACUAUUUAUAAUAUUAUCCUUGGUAAAUUGUAUUGUGAUCACCAUGGAUUGAUGCAUAUUCACGGGAAUCGUGAAUAUUCAUGCAAACUCAAAUUCAAAGAGCAAUCUAUUCUUGACCGCACCCCUCACCAGGUCCAUGGUUCCGUUGAAGACCUUUCGGGUAAAAAGGUUGCAACAUUAACUGGCAAAUGGGAUGACAGCAUGUAUUAUAUAAGUGGCGAUUUCAGUGGAAAGCUGAAGGACUGCAAUCCGUCAAAUGCCUCCUUGUUAUGGAAGAGGGACAAGCCACCUCCUAACCUGACUCGCUACAACUUAACAUCAUUUGCGAUCACACUAAAUGAGCUAACGCCAGGAUUGCAGAUUAAGGAGAAGCUCCCACCCACUGAUUCUAGGCUUAGGCCAGACCAACGUCAUCUGGAGAAUGGAGAAUAUGAUAGAGCAAAUGCUGAGAAACAACGGUUGGAAAGGAGGCAGAGAAUGUCAAGAAAACUACAAGAAAAUGGGUGGAAGCCUAGAUGGUUCAAUCAAGAUAGUGAAAAUGGAUCCUUCCGCUACACAGGCGGGUAUUGGGAAGCAAGAGAACAAGGAAAAUGGGAUGGAUGUCCAAAUAUAUUUGGUGAAUUCAAUGAAGAAUUAGUUGAUUCCUCUGAAUGAUCCUGACUUCAAUUUUAGAUCAAUAUUGAGAUGGUCUUUCCAGGAGACAUUCAAGGUGGAUCAUUUGGUGGGGGUAGAUAAUGGAAAGGUCAAAGUGUAAAAGUUUAAUGUAACAAUUAUAUAAUAUAUAUAUAUAUAUAUAUAUGUAGUGUGGGAAUUGUUUGUGUAAUGUAAUCUCUCUCAGUCUCUCCAUAGUUCAUUUAUUCUAUAGCUGCUCCUUCAACUGAAUGAGCCGAUCGAGCUGAAAAAUUUUACAUUUCGUAAUUAUCUGUGUUUUCAUCCAAGGAAAUUAAUAAAUGAGAAAAAAAAGGAAGGUGCAUUCUUGGCAUCGGCUUAACAUGUUCCAAAA